AUGGGAGUUCCAGUAGGAAGCAUGAUCUCUCUGGCAGAAGUUUGCUACACCUCAGUCCUGAUAGCCCUGUUCAUUAUGGGGACUAUUGGAAAUGGCUUUCUAGUGGUGGUGAAUGGUAGUAAACUGAUGGGAGACCAGAGACUGAUUGGCAUUGAGCUCCUCCUCCUAUGCCUUGGGAUGUCACGGCUUGGCCUGCAGAUUUUGUUAACGUUUCAAGGACUCAUCAGUGUCUUCUUUGCCAAGUUUUACCUGCACAAUGUCUAUGGAUCUCUGUUCCUCUUUAUCUGGAUGUUUCUAAACUCCUGUAGCCUCUGGUUUGCCACCUGCCUUGGCAUUUUCUACUGCCUUAAAAUCUCUGACUUCACACAUCCCUGCUUUUUGUGGCUGAAGUUCAGGGUCUUCAAAUUGAUGCCCUGGAUGCUCCUGGGAAGCCUGCUGGCCUCUGUGGUCAUUGCUGGGCUCUGUGCCUGUAUGUUGGACUACUCUAUCGCCUCCAACACAGACUGGGCCAAGAAUGUCUCUCAGGCUGGUGCUGAUUCUGUAAGCGUCAUCAUCAAUGAUGUGCUCCUUGUCAACUUCGCAUUAAUAUGCCCUCUGUGUCUGUUUGUAAUGUGUACGGUGAUGUUAUUUGUCUCUCUUUACAACCAUACACACCGGAUGCAAACCCAGUCCCUGGAUUUGGGGAAUCCCAACACCGAGGCCCACAUCAAUGCCUUGAGGACUGUGAUCACAUUUUUUUGCUUCUUCGUUUCCUACUUUGCAGCCCUGAUGGUGAACCUGACGUUCAUUGUGCCCUUCAAAAGCCACUGGUUCUUCUUCCUAAAAUCUGUGAUGGCAGCCUACCCCUCCGGCCAUUCGGUGAUCAUCAUCUUAGGCAAUUCCCAGUAUUGGCAGCUGUUCAAGAGGAUCCUGCCUUGA